GGCGGUGCUGGCGGCGGCGAUGGCGGCGCUCCUGGCAGCGCUGGCGCGGCCCUUCCGCCGCUGCCCCGCCGGCCUGGGGACAGCGCUCCGGCGAGAGGCGACGGGCGGCCCCUGCGGCCGGGGGCGGCCGGGGACUCAGGUGCUUAGAAAAAGCCUUCAGAGAGGAGUUGUGCUUUCAACAGGGUCCUUUUUGGUUUAUGAAGCUCAUAAGCUGAUUUCUGGCUUUGCUGAGGUUCAUGCAAGCUUCAAAGUAUCUUGAACACACAGGAGUUUCAGUAGAUUGUCUGUCUUGGGGUUCUGUUUGGGAAAAUCCUAAGGACUUCAGCCAGAAACCCCUUAAGCAAUAUUUUGUUUUGGCUUUGGAAGAUGUGAUAGAACAAGCAGACUACCUGUAUGGGAGUGGAGAAACCGAAAAGCUGUAUCGGUUGCUGGUUCAGCAUAAAAACAGCGAUGAUGCAGAGUUGUUAUGGCGGCUGGCACGGUCAUCACGGGAUCUGGCUCAGCUUGGUAGUACUUCUGCAGAGGAGAAGAAAAAACUGACAUAUGAUUCCCUGGAGUAUGCAAAAAAGGCACUUGAAAAAAAUGAAUCAAAUUUUGCAGCACACAAGUGGUAUGGAAUUUGCCUCAGUGAUGUUGGGGACUAUGAAGGAAUCAAGACUAAAAUUGGAAAUGCUAUUAUCAUCAAAGAGCAUUUCCAGAGAGCCAUUGAACUGAAUCCGAAAGAUGCUACAACAAUUCAUCUUAUAGGGAUUUGGUGUUACUCUUUUGCUGAGAUGCCAUGGUACCAAAGAAAAAUAGCUGCAACACUGUUUGCCACACCACCAACUUCCACUUUCCAAGAGGCUCUUCGUUACUUCCACAUGGCAGAGGAAGCUGAUCCAAAUUUCUACAGCAAAAAUUUGCUCUUUUUGGGGAAAACAUACUUGAAGUUAAACAAUAAGAAGAUGGCUCUUCUGUGGUUAAGCAAAGCAAAGGAGUAUCCUGCUCAGACAGAGGAGGACAAACAGCAAAUCUCCAGUGCUAGAUGUCGUGAGUCACUUAAUUACUCUUUGAAACUGUGCAGAAGGAUUCUGGUUUGGAGGGUAGGCACCUGCUUCCUACCUAAACAUUCAAAGUACUUUCAAGAGAGGUAAUCCAUUAGACUUGUUCAUACCCAAUAAUGCAUUCAGUAUAAACCAGAGCAAUUGCAGUCACCUUUCAAAAACAUUACUGUUAGCAUCAGGACUAACAAAGCCUCAUUUCCAUUUUAUUUUUGUAUUUAUUGACCUCCAUUUCAUUUAGCAUUAAGCUGAGUUGAGAUGCACAUUCUGAAUGUCCAUACAACACUCUGACUGUCCAAAGUAAGAAAUACUUUGGUAGGAUUUUGCAUUUCACACCUCAGAAAAAACACUACCAAGACAGUGUUUCAGAACCCUCUGUAGAUUCGCUAAUAAGCCUCAAACUGUUUCUUCCGAAAAUGAGUUCCUUCAGUAACAUCUUUCAGUGGAAAUACAAGUCUUACAUUCCUCCAAUGCCUUGCACAAUAUUUAGGAAUUUAAUAGCUGAAAGGAGUAGUGGUCUGAGGUGUGUAAGGAACUGGUCAGUUCUUCUAACAGUUACUAGUAGCUGGAGGCACACAUGAAACCAGUGAUCCCAAAAACUUGCUUACUUUUUGAAUGGUUCUUAAAGAACAGUCAGGAGUGAAUUUUGUGCAGUAGCCAAGUUGUUAAACCACUGAUCUGCUUCAACUACUUGUGGCCUUCUGGUACAGACAUCUAUUUCUUAAUCUCUUAGAAGUGUCCAGAGCUGCUGAACUGAGAAAGGCAGCAUUCUCUCCAUUCUGUGUGUGAACAUGUAAAAUGCAAAAUUAAUUGGGAACUAGACUUGAUAGUCCACUAUGAAGGAAACUGGCCUGUGCAAAGACAUUUGAAUUCUUGUCUCAGCAUAAGUAGGUUUUCUGAACAUUUUUUACUGCAGAUACUCAGAGGUAUCUGGCUUAUACUGUCUGCAUGGCUUGCUAUAUCAUUACCAUUGUCGGGUUGGAGGUUUUUUUGUGGUUUGAGGAGGGAGGAGAGGUGUUGAGAUUUUUUUGCUGUUCAGUUUGUUGUUGGGUGUUUUAAUAUGAAUGUUAGAGAUAAUAUUAAAAUUUUAUUAGGUUUUAACCAGAAACCUUAGGCAAACAGAGCCUCAGAAAUGGUCUCACGUAAUCACUGUCUGGAGUGUUGAAAUCCCUAGGUUGGUUGGGUGUGGUCAGAGGUGCGACAACUUCCUGCAUGCUCCUAUUGGACUGCAGCAAAUCAAGAACUAGUACCUGUAUUCCACACAAAUAAACUUCAUUUAUGUAGUAAGUGAAUGACACUAGCUUAAGUGUUUUAUUCCUAUUCAUAUUUCAAGUAUUGAACAUCCUAAACUACAGAAGAAAAAUUACUUGUCCUAGGACUGUUCUGAAUUUACACAACGGCAGGGAAAUAUUUGGGUGCUUGUGAGGGAAAUUUUGCUAGAAGCGUCUGUAACUACCUGGGACUGUUACUUUACAUU